AUGGCCCCCCUGGCCCAGACCCUGGCACUGCUGGCACUGGCCAUGGCCACCAUGGCUGUCGAUGUGAUCCCCCUGGACAUGGCCCAGGACUCCUUUGAUGACCAGUACCGUGGCUGUGGCCCUGCCAUGAAGGCGGCACUGCUGGCCCUCAACACCUCCGAGUUCAAGCAGAACAAGAAGUUUGCUGAGGUUUGGGUAAAAGCUGAGGAGUGGCAGAGUUGGGGUCCCCCUGAGUCCCCUCUGUCCCCAGACCAGGCCACCGCCAUCAUGGCCUUCACAAUGACUGACCCCAGUCUAUUCAAUGAUGCCGUGCGCGUGGUCGGGCGCUCCCGCCAGGAAUACCGGGACAACUUCCACUUCAAAACGCUGCAUUUCCUGCUGACCCAGGCCCUGGAGACGCUGAGGGAUGCUCUGAAAGGGCAGUGUCAGGACGUGUUCCUGAAGGUGUGUGACACCCGGUUCGAGGCACAGCUUGGUGACACCGUCCGGUUUGGUCUCUUCAUGCCAAUGUUCCCGAGGAAACCAAUUGGCGAGUGCUCCGGUGACACAAUGCUCGAGCUGCACACGUGCCAUGGUGUGGAAAUCCAGUUUUUCACCGAACAUCCGGAAGAGAGAGUGGUGCUGAUCCCACCCUUCGAGACCUUCAAGGUCACACAAUACACCCGGGAAGGGGACAAGACACAGAUCCAGCUCCGCUCCACCGGGACCUUCAGCAAAUACAACUGCGAGUGGCUGCGAGGUUCGAGUGUCCCCAGGGCUCCUUUCCACCUCGGAGGACUCCUCCAGGCCACCACAGCCUUGGCAGUGGCCACCAGGCUCCUCUGA